AUGACACCACAAGACAGGAAAAAAGAAAGGGGAAAAAAAAAGAUCACCGUGUAUGAUCAAGAGUACUUCCAGGGCAGACGUAUGGAGUUCACUGCCUGCUGCCAGAACAUCAUGGAGUGUGGGAUGGAGAACAUUCGAUCCCUGAAGGUUGAGUGCGGCGCCUGGGUUGGCUACGAGCACUCCAGCUUCUGCGGCCAGCAGUUUGUCCUUGAGAAGGGAGACUAUCCUCGCUUUGAGGCCUACAGUGGCAGCAACUCCUACCGCAUUGAGAGAAUGAUCUCUUUCAGGCCCAUCUGCUGUGCUAACCACAAGGACUCUCGCAUGACAAUCUUUGAGAUGGAGAAUAUGACGGGUCGUCAGUUUGAGCUGUGUGAUGAUUACCCCUCUCUGCAGGCCAUGGGCUGGUUUAACAAUGAGGUUGGAUCCAUGCAUAUUCAGUGUGGAGCCUUUGUGUGCUACCAGUACCCUGGUUACCGUGGCCACCAGUACAUCAUGGAGUGUGACUGUCGUGGAGGAGAGUACAAGUGUUACCGUGAGUUUGGCUCCCACUCCCAGACUCCCCAGAUUCAGUCCAUCAGGAGGAUCCAGCACUGAGAGGAAAGCGUUUCCUUCACACCUCCUUAUCUCCUCCUCCUCCUCUUCUCUCUCCUCCUGCACUUCCAUCCCUCCUUCUCUUCCUCCAAUCCCGCCACCUCCAUCUCCCGAGCUCUGUUGUUCCAGUUGGCCAAAGCAAGAUCUGGGACCGGACUUGGGGUGCUUUAAUGAUGUCAGUGGUUCACUGAAC